CUGCUUUGGAUGGACAGAACAAGUGCUCUCAUGGUUCCCUGAGUAAGGAGGUGGUGAGGAGUGCCAUGAUGAACCCAGAGAGGUCCCGUUACGUCCAGCUCUGUCCACAGAGGCGUGAUUUACCGUUUUUUCCGCAGCUUGGGACUCCUCCGGCUAACUAAUUAACAAGUUUAAGAGAAGUCUUUGCCCUGAUAAGUUUGUGCAUAUCUGCUUUUCUUAACGUGUUUGAAACGAAUUCUUUGAAGAAGCAUAUGCAAGCCAAGGACAACCGACUGAGAAGUCCAAGAACGGGAGUUACAGCCUCUGUCUUCUUCAAGAUGUCAUCUAUUGCUGGAGGGGCUAACAUACAACACACCGACCUCCAUCGUUUUUUUCUCUCUAGUUUGAAGUCGUAGGGAAAUGGCAGCGGAAUGCGGCACGGACGUUUUGGUCAGUUUCGCGGAGUCUCUUCGUGUUUACACAGGACUGCUGACGGUGGCCACGGUGUGCGGCGGGCUGUCGGGAAUAUUAGCUGCUGCUCUCCUGUACGCCUUCUGCUUCAAGCCUCUGUUAUUGACCAGACAAUGUUACAAUGCAAGGAGGCUGCUGGAACCUGGUGAUCGGGAAAAAGACGGUACCCACCAGAGUGACUGUGUCAGUAACAGCAGAAAGGAGGCUCCUAGUGCUCCCACUACUGACAAAGAAAAGAUACAGCCAUGCAUGAACAGCGACGUGGCUGCAUUUGCAUCCAGGGCAAAGGUGGUUUACCCCAUCAACCAAAAGUACAGACCUUUAGCAGAUGGUGCGUCCAACCCAUCCCUACACGAACACUCAAAGCUGGCAGAAAUGCCAAAUGAAGACUCGUGUUCCUCUGUGGAUUUAGAGUCCCUGAGCCAAGAGCAGGACAACGAUGACAGCAGUCAGUUUAUGUCUAACUUGUUGAUUCCCAAGAGUCUGCAGGACCAGAGCUUCACCAGGGUCUCCCACUAUCCUCACACGUUGACACAAACUGGCUUUGAAGGAAGGAUCAGUCUCUACUGUUUGGCCCUGCAGAAUAUUCAACAUCACAGUUCUCAGCUUCAUGAGGAAAAGUAUCUGAUUUUUCUACAUGUGGUGAAAAUGAUACUCACAUGCCGGUUUCCAAAAGACAAAAAUGAUGCAGACUUCACCAAGAAUAUUCUUCAGAUGCAGGAAAAGGAAGUAACUGAGUUACGAAAACAGAGGCCAACCUGCCAGAGUCAGGACUCUGCCUGUUCACUGGAAGAGACUGAGAGAGCUCAGAAAGAUCUCCUGGAACACAGCCUUCAAAUGUCCAAGAGUUUCAGCCGACAGGUUGAAAAUUUGUGUCAGCUGCUUCUGAAGAGGACCAGCGUUUUGUCCCUCGAUGACGCUCAGAGUGUUAUUCUCUCUGUUAUUCAGACUCUUCUUUUAGUAGAGAACAACCUUUGGAAGAUCCAAAAGACUGAUCUUAAGGCAAAGCAACAUUUGUUGACAACCCAGGAGAAGUUGUUGUGGUGGGAGGGCUUGACGGGCCUCGUUCAGUCCCAGCCUGCCUUACUUAGGUGGGAAGUGACACUGAGGCAGGGCUUGAUCGCUACAACGCUUGAUCAACUUACAAGCAACAACGUCUUGAAAAGUUUCCACACAGAAAAGAUACUCUCAGAGGUUCAGGAUGCCCUGACCGAGGGCCUUCAACAGUGCACUGAGGAGAGUACGAGGAAAGCAAAGGAGCUGGUGAACGAAAAGUGCAACAAAAAAGAGGCUAAAAGAAAGAAGCUUCAACGGAGCCAGGCAAAGGAGAAGAGCCGAGCCCUGGAAUUGACAAAUACUCACAGCAAUGUGCAGGACUUUGCUCUGCUGUACCUGGAGUUGUUGAUGAAACACAGGCAGCAGAGCUCUGACAUGGAUCUGCAGCAGGACAACAGGGUGGCUGAAGCCCUCUGUGACCUUUUGAAGAAACUCCGUAUCUAUUGGUCGAAGAAGCUUGGGAAACUGGCCAAGGAUAUCUUUCUUACCUCUGUUCCUGCCCAGACAAAUCUAGCAGCUGAGCAUUGUGAGAAACUGUGGCUAGACCUGGAGCAGGAGCUGCUGGUUCAGCUACAGCACGCAGAGUGCAGCUCCAGGCAGCAGCUGGAAGACAUCAGGGCUGGGCUGGAUAAAGAUUCACAGGCCUGGACUGAGGGGACCUUUCUGGCUCAGGCCUGUCUAGAGCAUCUUGGUGAACAACAGAUGAAGAUCCUCAGAGCCAUGGUGGCCAGUCAGAGCUACGCACUCAACAGUCAAAUAGGGAGCCUGAUAGAGAAGAAACACGAGCACCUUUUGGUGGUGAUGCAGAGGUACUUUGUGGUUAGACACUUCUGCCUGCACAUGCUAAAGGAGAUGAGGCUGUCCAAGGUGAAGGGACUCUGCCAGACUGAUUUCAGAGCUCUGGUUACAGAGGAUCCCAGUCAAGGUCUGCCUCAUGUUAAUUCAACUCUCAAGAAUAGUAGUGCCAGCCUGGCAGAAGGGGAUCUCAGCCAAGAGAGCCAACUGUUGGGGAAUAACCUCCAGCAGGAGUUCCUCUCUGAACUGGAAACAGCCACGGAGCUCCUUCAGAGUCAUGCACAGCUUGUGCUAGGCAACGCCCUCAGCCACGCCAUCCAGCAGAGGAUGGACACACAGUCCAUGCAGUCAAAGGCCUCUCCUAGGCAGGAUGAUGGCUUGAAAAACCAUUUGACAGAGGCUGCUGCAGAGAGCGUCUAUGUGACCAAAGAUUCCCUUAAUGCCCUGGUCCAAAGCUACUAUUCUCACCUACAGGAGCUCACUAGCAAACUGCAGCAGGAUCAGUCAGACAUAAACCAGGAGAAAAACGAAAGGCGAAUCCACAGCGCUCAGCUGAGCAGAACCCUGCUUAGAGAACUGGUGAACUGGGGCAAGAAACCUGCUUCUGCUGAAUCUCAACAGAGGGUUGAACUGAAUAAAAGGAAGGUGUUGGAGCAGAGUGAAGUGGAUCGAGGGCAGAUUUAUGAGGAGUUGAGGCAGAAGAAAGUAGCCCAAGAUCAAACCAUGGAGAGGAUAAAAACACAGUUAAUGGAGGCAGAAGAAACCUUUGUAGCCGAGCUUGCAGCAUUGGCUCGCAUUUCUGUCCCACAACAAGAUCUGGAGCCCAGUGAUGAAGAAGGCAAUAUUGGUGACCAGAGCACCCGGAUACUGGACCUGUUAGCCAUGAAUCCAGCUUUAGAUCCAGCCUUAAACCCAUCCCUGACUCCAACUGUCAUAGCUCCUGUGGGGACAUCUAAACCAAAGAAAAAAAGAGAGUCUCAUCACAGCUGAAGUACUUCCAAAAAAAUAGAAAGUUAUACUGUAAUAGACCUUUUAUUGCUGUUUUUAGUUGUGUUUAUUAAGCCGCUGCUCUUUGUUGCCCAUUCAGAAUCUAAUGUAGAUCCUGCUUUUACUCUGUGUACGAAUUAACUCAAAUGUUUUGCUAAAAGGAAAUUUCUAAAGUUUGACCCUUUUAUAAUGUCUACUUUUUCUAAUGUACCAUAAUGAAUACCACUCCAAAGCUAAUAUUCACUGGGAGAUGUCAUCUUGUGUUCUUUCUUUUCAAAUGACUAAUAAAACUGCAGUACAGCGGGC